GAAAUCAAAAUAAAAAAAGAAAAUGUUUUGCCGUGGCAAGUACAUAAUACGAAAUAUUACCAAAUAUCAAAGAAAUAUAAAAUAUAUUUCAACUAUAACAUGUAGUAGACAAAUAAAAGCAACAAUAGCUGCUGGGGCUAAUACAAAUUUGUUGCAACUUCAACGUUACUGCUCUAGCCAAAAGCCAACACAACAUAUUGUAGAUUCGGUACUGGAUCAUGCAACUUACGAAAGAGUUUGUAACGAAACUAUGGAUGGCCUUAAUGACUAUUUCGAAGAACUACUGGAAAGUGUAGAUACCAUACCAGGAAGUGAUAUAGCAUAUAGUGACGGAGUUUUAACUGUCAAAUUGGGCUCGGAACAUGGUACCUAUGUAAUUAAUCGUCAAACUCCUAACAGACAAAUUUGGUUAAGUUCUCCCACAACUGGUCCCAAGCGUUAUGACUUUGUGGGUCCCGCUACGGGUGAAUCAGGCAAAUGGGUUUAUCGUCACACCGGCCAGUCUUUGCAUGAACUCUUACAGCAUGAGUUACAAAUGAUAUUCAAAGAACAAAAGGUGGAAUUUGAAGAUUUACCUUAUGGUAGAUGAAAUUCUUUAAUUACGUAAUUAAAAAUAUAUAGAAAAACUUUCAAACAGCUAUAUUAACUUAUAAA